CUUGGCGCGGCGGUGACAGCCGUGCUGCCCUGGCGUUAGGGAGACACCUUGAGGGCCCCGGGAGGGUGCACAGUGCUGUGCAGUGGCCUUUCCUGGGAGUAACGGCAGAGGUGCCCUCCCUGGCACCGGGCUUGGGGGGGGGCGUCCCCUGGGGAAGGGAGCGGCCCUGUGUUCUUACUGUCUGAAUGAAUGUGCAUGCUGAAGCCAAGUGUCUCAUCGCUUCUCCCGGGUUUGUUUUUAUAGAGAUUGAAUUCACUUCAGGAGCUUCAACUUCUUGAAAUCAUGUGCAAUUAUUUCCAGGACCAAUCCAAGGACUCUGUCCGGCAGAUUAUUUUCUCGUCCCUUUUCAGCCCCCAAGGGAACAAAGCGGAUGACAGCCGGAUGAGCUUGUUGGGGAAACUGGUCUCCAUGGCAGUGGCUGUGUGUCGAAUCCCAGUGUUGGAGUGCGCGGCCUCCUGGCUCCAGCGGACGCCCGUGGUCUACUGCGUGCGGCUGGCCAGGGCCCUGGUGGAUGACUACUGCUGCUUGGUGCCCGGCUCCGUGCAGACGCUGAGGCAGAUCUUCAGCGCCAGCCCUCGCUUCUGCUGCCAGUUCAUCACCUCCGUCACCGCGCUUUACGACCUGUCGUCAGACGACCUCAUCCCGCCGCUGGACCUGCUUGAAAUGAUUGUCUCCUGGAUCUUCGAGGACUCGAGGUUGAUUCUCAUCACCUUUUUAAAUACUCCGAUUGCAGCCAACCUCCCAAUAGGGUUUUUAGAGCUCACCCCGCUCACUGGAUUGAUCCGCUGGUGUGUGAAAGCCCCUCUGGCUUAUAAAAGGAAGAAGAAGCCCUCCUUGUCCAAUGGCCACGUCGCCACCAAAGCCGCCCCGGACUCGGCAGGGCUGGACAGGGACCCCCACCUCCUGUACUCCAAGCUGCACCUCAGCGUCCUGCAGGUGCUCAUGGUGCUGCAGGUGCACCUCACCGAGAAGAACCUCUAUGGGCGCCUGGGGCUCAUCCUGUUCGACCACAUGGUCCCGCUGGUCGAGGAGAUCAACCGGCUGGCGGACGAGCUGAACCCCCUCAACGCCUCCCAGGAGAUCGAGCUCUCCCUGGACCGCCUCGCCCAGGCCUUGCAGGUGGCCAUGGCCUCCGGAGCCCUGCUGUGCACGAGAGAUGAUCUGAGGACCUUGUGCUCCAGGCUCCCCCACAAUAACCUGCUGCAGCUGGUGAUCUCGGGGCCCGUGCCACAGUCGCCCCACGCGGCCCUCCCCCCAGGGUUCUAUCCUCACAUCCACACGCCACCGCUGGGCUAC